ACAUAAGGGGACUAACGAUCACCGCCGUACCCAUACCCAGUUUUCGUCUUCCUUAAACUAGGGUUCCCAAAUCAACAUCUUUCCUGUUGUUUGAUCGUCAAUUGCUCAAAAAGAAAUAAGAUAAUCUCGUAGAACAAUGAAGAAUAAAGAAGAUGAGGAAAAGAACGGGAAGAUCAACCGUCCAAAAUCUAUCAGCAUGAAAAAGAAGAACAUGAUGAGAUUAGGAGGGGUGGGUCUUUCGCUUGAAGCUUUCGCUAAUGCCAAAUCCACCAGAAAUAACUAUAACCCUGCUCUAAUAAAGAAGCAAAGAGAGUUCUACAAGAACGCAAAGUAUGUGAGGAAGUUUAAGAAAAAACUAAAGCAACAAAAUCAGCAGGAUAAUCUCUCUUCAGUUGUUAGACCUAUGAAGGAUGAGAAUGAAACUGGAGAAGGUAGUAAAAUGAUGAAAAAGAAUAAGAAGAAGAGUGGUUCAUACAGUUUGAAAGAAUUAUAUGAAAAGCAGCACGAAGAGAAAGAAAAAGCAAGAGUUGAGAGGGAGUCGGUUAUUAAAGCAAAGAAGGAAGAAAGAGAGAAGGCUGAAGCUCGUAGAAAAGCUGAAAGAGAGAAGAUGUACAAGAAGACCCGGCAUGGUCAGCCUGUUAUGAAGUAUAGAAUCGAGCAUCUCUUGCAGACCAUUCAAGGUUCAAACUAAAUUUGGUUUAAACCAUUCAGAACCAAGCUUGUCUGGUAGUUGUGGCUUUGGCACUUGCGUAACUUUCAUAAGGCAUCAAGCUGGAGUUUCUAAAUAUUGUGGUUUUAUUGCUUGAAACUUGAUGUACAAGUGGAGUUGCUUUGAACAUCAGUUUUCAAGAGCUUUUGACAAUCCAAAGGAAAACAUUUGAAUGUGGUAUUGGAAAUAUGUUGAUUACAUUGUAAUGAUAUUGAUUAUCGGAUAAAUUACGUCUCAAUCAAGACUACUUCAGUGAA